UUUCUUUGAACUCUUCUACUGCUCAUAAAUCAUGCCCUUCGAAAGACUGGAAGCUACAUGGGGGGAAGUGUUACUGGGUUGCUGAAAAGAAUAAAUCUUGGCAUGAAAGUAAAGAUGACUGUGCCGUGAAAAAUUCACAUCUCAUGGUGAUUCGAGACUUCAUUGAUAUGAGUUUCCUAUGGAAGCACCUGAAUGUUAAAGUGUUUUACUGGAUUGGCUUGACUAUUCCACCCGGAAGGGAAUCAUGGAUCUGGAUAGACAACAGCUCUUUUGACUCCCAUCUGUUUUCAAUAGAAGAAAAACUGCGGACUCGGAGCAUGAAAUGUGCCCAGGUGUCUCAAAUUAAGAUAGCUGAACAAAAGUGUGCAAAAGUUAAUCCGUGGAUUUGUCAACUGUAAUCCAUACUGAAGAAAAUCAGUCUCCAUUUCUCUGACUCAAAGAUGCCACAUGAAGUUUGAAUAUCAAAAUUCAGAAGGCCAUGUGUGUCCCAAAAGGAUGGGUGUGUGUGUGUGUGUGUGUGUGUGUGUGUGUGUGUGUUCAUUUGUGUGGAGAUAGUACUAUUUCUCAGAGAUGUAGGAAGGCUAAUAGAGAAAAUGAAAUGUUAUAUAGUGGGAAGAUAGAAUGAAUAUAUUUUUUCAUCAGAAUUAUCAGUUAUUCAAUCACCAUUCUCAUUUUGCCUGUAGUUUUGAAACUUCGGCCUUUAUUUUCUCUACAUCUUCCCUCUUACCUAACUGCUUAUAUUCUUACUAAGAAAUUCAUAGCACAUUUAUGCCUCUAAUCCAGACUUUUCCCUGAUCACCAGACCCAUAUACCAUAGUGCUUAUAUAACAUAUCAAAUUGGGACACCUAGGCCGCUCAUUUGGUUGAGCACCUGAUUCUUGAUUUAAGUUCAGGUCAUUACCUCACAGUCAUGA